GUUUAUUAUCAUUUAAAUCUCUUCAUACUCUUUACAUAAGCAUUUGGUGUCAGGUGGCAUGCAUACUGAAUAAUAGGCAUAACAAUUCAAUGAAAUCAUAAAUGAUUGUGUAAAUAAUUCCACAAUCAUUUAAUUGACUCGAACAACAUGGAAGUAACUAGCAGCCCAACUGGUAUUCUGCAAAGUAGAUCUUCAGUUGGAUCUAUCCUCAGCUCAUAUGGCUCAAUUGGAAGCACUUCAAUUCUUAGCGAGGAAAUUGCUGGAUCUCCAUUUAGAAAAAAAAAUGGCCUCAGUGUUCUGUCGGCUGCAAUUUUUAUUGUUGGUGAAAUGGCUGGUAGUGGAGUACUUGCACUGCCACGAGCUGUUGUUGACUCAGGUUGGAUCGGACUCAUUUUGGUGAUAGUAUUUUGUGUUAAUUCUUGCUAUGGUGGUACUAGACUUGGUAUCUGCUGGGAAAUCCUAGAAGAAAGGUAUCCAGAAUAUAAAGGCUCUACACGAAAUCCAUAUCCUACAAUUGCUGAAAGAGCAGUAGGGCAAUGGUGUAGGAAGCUUGUAUCAGCAUGCAUACAAAUUACACUGUUUGGUGCUGGAGUGGUUUAUUUACUUUUGGCUUCACAAAUUUUUCAAGAACUUUUGAAACACUUUCUUCCUAAAGUGACAUUUUGCUCAUGGUUUCUUCUUUUUGCAGCUUUAAUAACUCCUCCAAUGUGGCUUGGUUCACCCAAAGAUUUUCUUUUGGUUGGAGUUGGAGCCAUUUUAUCUACAGCCAUUGCUUGUACAUUAAUUUUUGUACAAAUUGUCAAAGAUGGCAUUAACAAAACUGAACCAGCUCCUCAUAUUCCACAUAACUUUAAAGACUUCUUCCUUUCUUUUGGCGUUAUACUUUUUGCUUUUGGAGGAGCAUCAACAUUUCCAACUAUACAAAAUGAUAUGACAAACAGAAAAAAGUUUACAAAAAGUGUUUAUGCUGCUUUUGUGGUGAUUUUAGUCCUAUAUUUACCUAUAGCAGUAGGAGCAUAUUUUGUUUACGGAGAACACACAAAUGCCAAUAUAAUUCUGUCACUGAAUGGAGGAAUAAUGAUUACACUUGCUAAUGUAUUCCUAGUAAUUCAUCUUGUUUUAGCUUUUCUUAUUGUAAUUAAUCCAGUUGCACAGGAAAUCGAAAAUAUAUUUGAUGUACCUCAUGAAUUUGGCUUUCUACGUUGCAUUGUGCGAACUUGUAUGGUACUUCUUAUGGUAAUGGUUGGAGAGUCAGUUCCUCAAUUUUCAAAAAUUCUAGCUCUUGUAGGAGGUUCAACAAUUACCUUGUUGACAUUUGUUCUGCCAAACUACUUUUACAUGAAGCUUUGUAGUCAAGAAUCUCCAGACUGGGUUAAAAGAGAAAUUCCACUACACAUGCGAAUCUACAUGUGGGAGCUGAUCUUGAUUGGAAUCUUUGGAGGUUUAGCCUCAACGUUUUCAGCAAUCCAUGCCAUAUUUAACAUUCAUUCCAUUGUUAAGCCAUGUUACUGGAUUUUUUGAAUGACUAACUAAACUUUUUUAACUUGUUUUGAAAAACUUUUAUUCGAUUUCAUUAAUAAAUUUAAAACUGUUAAAUGUGAUUCAUGACAAUGGAAAGAUGAUUUUUUUCUCACAUUUGAAUCAACAUAUAAGAUCUGAUCUUUAAUGAAAAAAUAUAAAACAAAUACUUGUCUUACUCAAAGUAAUUAUUGAUACUCAUUUAAAAUUAAAAAUAAUCAUUAGAAAACAGUGAAAAUUUUUCAGUCAUAAAUGUUUCUAUUUUAUUGAAGUGUAUUCAUCAUGGAUGAUUAAAUUAUAAACUUUAAUAAAAAUGAAUUCCUUUCAACUGGACAAUGAUUAAUAAACUAUCAAGUGGACAAUUUUUAUUUAUUUUAUACAUGUAUUAGUUUUAAGUUUGUUGUAUAUUUAAAUAAAUUAAGCAAUAAUUUAUUGAACAAGAGUUUGUGAAUGGUACUUUUUAAUGAAUUUCCAUAAGAUUUAAU